GGGGCCGAAGGUCGGGGUUAGGGGCGGAGCUUCCACCGCAAGGACGCGGGGUCGGGAAGUUUCGCAGAGCGGCGGACCCAACCCACAGCCUCUCUUGCGCCAGCCCCUCCGUACGCGUGCGCGGUAACGUAGCGUGCGUGCCCCUGCUCCUGAGCGCCGGAGAACCCGCGCAGAGCUGCCAACGCCCGGCGGAGAGUCUGAGAUUCAUAUUGGAUUUGAUAUACUAACGGACUUCAGCUAUGCAGACAAUUAAAUGUGUGGUCGUGGGUGAUGGUGCUGUUGGUAAAACAUGUCUCCUAAUUUCUUACACAACAAACAAAUUCCCAUCGGAAUAUGUACCGACGGUUUUUGAUAACUAUGCUGUAACAGUGAUGAUUGGUGGGGAGCCAUAUACCCUAGGAUUGUUUGAUACUGCAGGACAGGAAGAUUAUGACAGAUUGCGACCCCUCAGCUAUCCACAGACCGAUGUGUUUCUGGUUUGUUUUUCAGUGGUUUCUCCCUCUUCAUUUGAAAAUGUGAAAGAAAAGUGGGUACCUGAAAUUACUCACCAUUGUCCAAAAACCCCUUUCCUGCUUGUUGGGACCCAAAUUGAUCUCAGAGAUGAUCCCUCAACAAUUGAGAAGCUUGCCAAGAACAAGCAGAAGCCCAUAACUCCAGAGACUGCUGAAAAACUGGCCCGGGACCUGAAGGCUGUCAAAUAUGUGGAGUGUUCUGCACUUACACAGAGAGGUCUGAAGAAUGUGUUUGAUGAGGCUAUCCUAGCUGCCCUCGAGCCUCCGGAAACUCAGCCCAAAAGGAAGUGCUGUAUAUUCUAAACUGUUUUCUCCUUCCCCUCUUGCUGCUGCUUCUUCUGUCCCACUACUGUAGAAACUUGAUUAAAAAUGAAUAAAACCAUCCUGAUUGAAAGCUUCCGUGUCUCUGCUUAACAUCUUAGAGCAACCUCUGUAUUAGCUUUUGGACUGAAAACAACAUAUACAGUUCCUUAGUAAAACAUUUGUGACUGUGGAACAUGAACUGGACUUUAACUCUUUGCUGCUUGAGUUGCCAGAUGUUGAUAACUUUACAAUUUAGGCUAUUGGGGGGAAAGGCCUGGGUGUGUCAUUUAAAAACUGAACAACAACAAAAAAACCCUCAUCAAGAAGGAAUAAAGACAUGUUUAAUCUUCCUGAGCUCCAACUGGAAAAAAAAUGCACACUUCAUUUUCUACUUGAGUCUAUUGUUAACUGUAUUUGCAUGAUAAACAUACAUGAAAGUGACCUGCAAGUAAUGGUGUAAUGUGAAGGAUUUUCUGGUUCUCCUUUGUGCAGUGAGACUUUCUGUUGCUAUUGCUUUGGCUGUCUGUGCUAUAGUGGAGUAUUUGUCAGUCCUCGAGGGAAGGAAAUAUCAAUGUAUCUGCUACUGCUUUACAAAGAUGUUAAAUUCUUGCUUUCACUAACACCAGUAGAUCUCUUCAUUUUAAUAAUUGAUUCUUAAAGCUUGUUAAUGUAACAUGUAAAGUUUGCCUUUUAAUUUCAUGCUUCUGAUUUUUGUCUUAAGGGGAAAAACUUCAAUUGUAGUUUAAAUUUUGGAAUUAAAAAUUGCAGUUUGUAUAAAUGACUACUGAAGCUUUAUUUCUGUUUGCAUUCACUGGCUUCAAUUUAACAUUUAUACAAGUUAUAGUACCCAUUUUGUAAUUCUCCCAUUUGAAUUCUCUUAUGGAUACCAUGCACAGCUUCUGAAAUCUACCUGGCUACUGCUAAACAUUUGGUGUGGGGAACAGAAGCUUGAUUGAAAUAUACCAGACUGCAAUCCAUCUUUGCAUGCUUGCCGCCUGUAUAACACAGGUGUCACUGCAACAUGUUCUGGAAUCAUUACUAUUCUGUGUUCCAGAUCCAGCUGUUUCAUCUGAAUGCAGUACUUUCUGCUUUGUCAUUAGCAUGUGAAAUUUGUUACCAGCAAACCAAUCAUAAAACCCCAUUGAUUGAGGCAAUUACUUCUGUAUUUGUUUUGCUUCUUAUGAAAUACGCUGGUCUGCAGAAAAUGGUUUCAAACGACUACUGUACUAUUCUGAAUAUCAAAUACACUUCUAAAGAACUGCUCAGUACAGCAACACAAUUUGGACAAAGCCAAGUUAAGCAAAAUGACUUUCUGGAAAUUGUAGAUCUCAAUAUUUUAUUCACCAUUAUUGGGGUUUAAUUUUGCCUUGGUUUUAUUUUUUGUUUUUUUAUAACAACCCAGAAAAUGAGACCGCCCCUUUUUCUCUUUGCCCCUUUUCAGAAAGGCCUAAAGAAUGUAUUUGACGAGGCGAUAUUGGCUGCCCUGGAGCCUCCGGAGCCGAAGAAGAGUCGCAGGUGUGUGCUGCUAUGAGCAUCCCUCCACAGCCCCUCUGCAAAGCUGAUGUUUGAUGUCAUACUAAAAGCAAUGUUUAAAUCAAACUAAAGAUACAAAUUAUAAAAUUUGUUUUUGCAAUAAUGACAAAUGCCCUGCACUCCCACACUCUCCCUGUGCGAGUUGAGAAUGUUAGUGUUCGUUCCCAGUGCCCUUCCCAAUUCAGUUAAAGACUAGUUAAUUUUGAGUAAUUGUGUAUCAGAAAAUACUGAUCAUUACUAGUUUUUUAUUUUGUUUACUGUUUCUAAUUUUUGUUUAAAAUCCAGGCAUGCUUGUGUUGACUUUCUCUGUAACAGACUAAUUCUAGGCUGUGUUACUGAAAUCUUGUCCCAAGCUGGCAAGACUCUGAUUCAUUGACCUUCUGGGGCUAUAUUCUGUAAUCAGCAGGCAGCCUGGGUAUGAGCAUGUUUCUGACUCAGUUUUGAGGACUGAAAUUAAGAUGUCCCAAGCUGGUGCUCCUUCUCUAAAAGUUGCCUUGUUACCUCUCCCAGUCACUUUCCUCUGAGCAGGUCAGAAAUGCCUACCCUGUCCUUUUAAGUUAUGAAACCUUUGAAAUGGGAGGUGAAUUGUUCCUUUCUCUGCGGAUGCGCCACCAACUUGUAUUUAAGAAAAUUAGUUUAUUGGCAGUGGAGGUGAGGAAUAGGUCAUUUUUUCCCUCAAACUUGACAUUACAGGCUUUCAUCAAAUGUGAAGAAAUAAUGGCACCUUUUUAAGCACACCCAACUUAUAGUUGGUUUUUAACAAGAAAAAAAACCCAAAAAAUCACAUACUUCUCUCAAUCACUGAAUUGCUUGGUACGGGCAGGCUUACAAAUUGCCAGUAUGGUGUUGCUAGGACACUUCUAAAGAGCCUGGGAUGUAUUAAGGUGAGUUGGGGAAGUGGUGCUAGUGGGUGUAUAUCCUGCAGAACAGUUCAACCUCCUUUUAGGAGGGGUGGAAAAAAGACCUGCUUCAGUAGGAAAGAACUGCAGGGGAGGGAUGUCUAGUGUCCGGUGUGGCACUAUAGGGACCAGUUAAGGGAAUCCCCUUUAUCUGUAUUGUGCAUGUAAGUAACCCUAAAGCCCGUAAGGUGGGUUCCAGUCUAAUAAGGAUCAUAUAUGAGAUCUUUAGACUCCAGUGUUAAUAGGGAUUUUACCAAAACUAUAUUUUGGCUUGCAGAUUCAAAUUUUUUUAAUACAUGGAGAAUCCUAUGUCUUCCCAAAUUCCUAAUUCUUGUAGACUCAUUAAUGUUGAACCAAUGCUUUUUCAUGUCUAAGUUCUUUGUAUAUGCAUUCUUUUCAGAUGUAUUAAACAUGAAAUAUCUUCACAA